ACUAACAUUUCAAUCACAAAGCGGGUUUCUACUCCGUGUAAAGUGAAUGUGCGGCUGAAUUGACCGGGUAAUGUGUGCAACACCAAGGAGUGUAUGCAAUAGCGGAGCGGGGGAUCUGGCUAAUUAUUUACGUUUGAAAUUAAGGAAAAAGAGAACAAAACGAGUCAAAGGAUUUAAUUGAACACUGCUCAAGACAUGCGUCCUGCACGGAAAUGGUGGACUAUUUGCACGAUAAGCAUCCUAUUGAUUUUCUAUAAGACAAAAGAAAUAGCAAGAACUGAGGAACACCAGGAAACACAACUCAUCGGGGAUGGUGAGCUCAGUUCAUCGAGACGGAUGGUCAAUACAUCUGAUAAAAUCAUUGGACAGAGAGGACAUGCAUUUUUUCAACAUUCAGUUGAAGGCUGGAAAGUAAAUUCUUCAUUAGUAAUAGAAAUAAGGAAAGACAUUCUUCGAUUCUUGGAUGCAGAGAGGGAUGUCUCAGUUGUGAAAAGCAGUUUUAAGCCAGGUGACGUCAUUCACUAUGUGCUAGACAGACGUCGAACACUCAAUAUUUCACACAAUUUACACAGCUUGCUGCCGGAGGUGUCACCAAUGAAAAACAGGAGGUUUAAAACUUGUGCCGUGGUUGGCAACUCAGGGAUCCUUAUUAACAGUGGUUGUGGAAAGGAAAUUGACAACCAUGAUUUUGUCAUAAGGUGUAAUUUGGCACCGCUCGCAGAGUUUUCUGAGGAUGUGGGAUUGAGGUCCGACUUCAUCACCAUGAAUCCUUCUGUUAUACAACGAGCAUUUGGAGGAUUUAAAAAUGAGACUGAUCGAGAGAGAUUUGUCCAAAGGCUGACAUUGCUUAAUGACAGUGUUCUCUGGAUCCCAGCCUUCAUGGUGAAAGGAGGUGAAAAACAUGUGGAGUGUGUUAAUGAGCUGAUCCUAAAAAAUAAAUUAAAAGUGAGAACUGCCUAUCCAUCACUAAGACUCAUCCAUGCUGUGAGAGGGUACUGGCUGACAAACAAAAUUAAUAUCAAACGACCCAGCACUGGACUUCUGAUGUACACCUUGGCCACACGCUUUUGUGACGAGAUCCACCUGUAUGGAUUUUGGCCUUUUCCAAAAGAUUCUCAAGGAAGACCAGUUAAAUACCACUAUUAUGAUGAACUCAAAUACAGAUACUUCUCAAAUGCAAGUCCACAUAGAAUGCCACUGGAGUUUAAAACAUUGAAGAUGUUGCACAACAAAGGUGCUCUCAAAUUGACAACUACUAAAUGCACACAGCCUUGAUCUCUUUUGGACUAUGUUUGCCUCAAUGAUGGAAUAUAAUCACUUUGGCAUGGGAUCAGAGAGUUUUAACUGGUAAUUGGGAUGAUUAUGUAGAAGGAAGACGUCUGGGACCUGCACUGAUAACUGAAAUGAUUGAGGAAAUACAGUCAGUGAAUGUAAGAAAACAUUUUGACUGCAAAGUUAUGAUGAAACAAGAAGCAAGCAUAUGAGAUUUUUGAAGUUCUGAAUUCGAAAAGUAAAAUCAGUUCCAUACUGAUUGAACUAAAAAGAGUCAAAGGCGUAGCGGACGAGCUGGUUGUCAAAUAAAAAGGAAAGCUUGGCAGCUGUCAGUUUGCUCAGAGCUUUGUAAAAUAAUGGCAACAGAUCUUCAGAAAGAGGUCAAAAGAUAUGCUGUCUGCCAACACCCAGUUACAGUACCAAGUCCUCUAGUUAUGAAUGGUGGCGAGAUCAGAAUUUCUGAUGAGCUGAAUGUGUUGUUCUGGCAAGGGAUUUGCAGCCGUGGCCCCAAGCAGCUUUUCUUGAGAGAUUGAUUGGUGUGGCAGGCUUGUCACUGAAAGGGAAGUUGAUAAAACAAAGCUGCACAAGGCUCUUUCUUUCCUUAAUGCACCACAGCUAUGCACAUCCAUAAACCUGUCAAGGAGUUUAUCAGCUGUGACAGCUUGGUGUGAUAAAACCUAGGAGGAAGUCACAGGUCAGGAAGUUUUAGUCAUGCUCAAUAAGGAUUUUAUAUAUAGUGGAGAAACAUUUUUGGAUGUACUUAAAUCGGAAUAGGUGCCCUUAAUAUUGGUACCAAAGAUUUUACGUGCUGUUUCAUUACUGACCUUAAUUUAAAAUCAAAAUACUGUGUGAAAAGUUUAGUACUGUACUGUUGUGCUAAUUAGCAGCCUCAGGGCUAAAUUAUUUUUCUAUUUGCAUACAUGGGAGGUACAGUAAUUGCUGAACAGCAAGCUGUUUUUCAGUUCAAGAGAUAUAAAUCUUGAAAUGCUGCUUAUUUUAUUGGACCUUUUUCCUUCAUGCCAUUCUUAAAAUAUCAGAAUGCAGUUUUAUGUAAAAGAAAAAAAAGCUAAUCAAGACAGAACAUUUGAAAUUAGAUCAUGCACAAAGUAUAGAUAUACAAUUAUUUUUCCUUUUAAAAUCUGCCAAUGAAAUUAGAAAAACAAACCUGGUUCUUAAGCAAGUGUUCUAAGGUUCUAAGAACUUUAAACUGAAAAUGUUUCUGUAUUUAGUAAUGGCCUGACCCCGUUCUGUGAACAUAAUUUAAAUAAGUGGUAGAAUCCAUUAACAUAUUGAAUAGUUUUUAAUAGUUAGUGAUUGUAUUUGUCUGGUUGUAAGAGAAGGGCAAGCACAGAUUUUGAAAGAAGUUGGAGAUUAUGAUGUUUACAUUUGAAGCAGUUGUUAAAAAUAUUUCAAGAUUUCCUGCUCAUACAGAGAAGUUUGUACUUGUGGGUAAAACUGAAAAAGAGUGAAGUAUGCUGUAAGAUGGUUUUUUCAAAGAUCUUUACAACCAUUUAAAAAAUACAUCUCAGUUUACCAUUUUUUGUUCCUAUACUUAGUGGCUUACAAGCCAAGUUUUGCUGGAUUUUCUUGUUUUUUUUCGAGCUCAGUCAGUAGGAAAGCAGUAUUUAUCAAGUGUCACAUUACAAAGAUUCCCAGCUCUUAAGCAUCACUUCUGCUCUGGUGUGCAUUGUUCUCUGUGAAUGCCCACAUGGAAUUGGUGUUUACUAGAGCCAUUUUGAUGUCUUUAAAUAGCUUCUCAAAGUGUUCAUCUUCAAAUAAAGGCAUUUUAAUUUUCAAAAGUCAUUCAAGCUAGACCAUGGAAAUGUGCAUAUGCAAAAGAUUUACUAAAGUGAGAAGAAAUUCUCAUUUUUUUAGGUGGCAAUGCGGCCUUUGAGUAAUUUUAAGAUUACUACUUCUGGCAACCAUUUACAAUGCAGUGCAGUUAGAAGCACAGCUUGAAAGUAAGAGGUUACUUUAUACUUCAAUGAGAUUAAAUUUCACCAAACUAGUGAUUCUCAUUUUCUACCUAACAAAGAAUGAAUCAUUUUGUAUUACUGUAUUAAUGUUUUUUUUGUGAUGUGCAUAGAUACAUCUGUGAUGUAUAUGGCUAUUGUGAUAUGUAUGAAAUUAAUAUUUGUAUAGGAAGACUGAAUACCGACUUUAAGGUGCUGAAUGUUGGUGAGUUUUUAUUGUUAAAAAAAUUUGAUACGGAUUGUUUUAUUAUAUGUACAGCUGUAAAUAUACGUUUU